GGCUUUCUGGUUUUAUAUAUAUAGCCCUAAAUCGCAUCUCUGCGCUGUUUGGUUGGAACAGAGCUCUCUCUAUCGGUUCUGUGUUUUUUGGUCUCCAUUUCUGCAGGAAAUCAUGGCCAAAGGUCCUGGUCUUUACACUGAAAUUGGCAAGAAAGCACGAGAUCUUCUCUACAAGGACUACCAGAGCGACCACAAGUUCACUGUCACAACCUAUUCUCCAACUGGAGUUGUUAUUACUUCAUCUGGAACGAAGAAAGGCGACAUAUUUAUUGCUGAUGUCAAUACUCAGUUGAAAAACAAGAACAUCACAACUGAUAUCAAAGUGGACACAAACUCCAAUCUUUGUACUACUAUUACUGUUGAUGAGCCUGCUCCUGGAUUGAAGACGAUCUUUAGCUUCAAGAUUCCUGAUCAAAGGUCUGGCAAGUUGGAAGUUCAAUACUUGCAUGACUAUGCGGGGAUAAGCACAACCAUUGGGUUGACAGCAAACCCUAUUAUCAACUUCUCAGGUGUGGUAGGGACUAAUGUUGUUGCACUUGGGACUGAUGUCUCCUUUGACUCCAAGACAGGGGACUUCACCAAAUGCAAUGCUGGAUUGAGCUUCACCAACUCAGACCUUAUCGCGUCCUUGACCCUGAAUGACAAGGGUGACUCUCUCAAUGCAUCGUACUACCAUACAGUGAACCCCUUGACCAAGACAGCUGUUGGGGCAGAGGUAAUACACAGCUUCUCAUCCAGCGUGAACACCAUCACCAUUGGCACCCAGCAUUCAUUGGAUCCAUUGACCACGGUUAAGGCCCGGGUUAACAACACCAGGAAGGCAAGUGCACUCAUCCAGCAUGAAUGGAGGCCAAAGUCACUUUCACCAUUUCUGGAGAAGUAGACACCAAGUCUAUCGACAAGGGGGCCAAGUUUGGGCUGGCAUUGGCUCUCAAACCGUAGGUGGGGAGCAAUAACUGUUGAUGGUUGGGAGUAAUGAGUUGAGCACAAGGAAGUAGCGUAGUUGACUGCUUAAACUUCUGUUCCUUUAUCGGUUGAUUCUCAUCUUUUUGAUGGUUUUUGGAUUGUAAAAAUAAUUCUAGAGGAUUUAUAUAAAUUUGUUUCAAUACUUAGUUCUUACAUUCCCUUGGUUAAACUGGGUAGUACCUGAUAUUUGAAGAUCUUUAUGAGUAAGACUUGCGAUUUUUUUUCAAUUGGAUGGUGUGCUUUUUAGAAGGAAAAUUGUUUCAUCUGGUCCAGGGUGUUGUAUCUAACCAGGUUUUUCUGGUAGCUGCCAACGUUUACAAUUAUUUGAUUGGCUGUACUUCUAAAGCA